AUGGCGCGCCCGAAGACUUAUCUUGAUCUUCUCAAAGCCGUCGAUAGCUUCCCUUACAUCGACAUUGCAAGGACUCCCAAUGAUGAUCACGAAGAAUCUUCUUACUACCAACUACUUUUACCCAGCGAUCCUCGGCCGCAUGGGUAUAUGCUGCCCUCGGUCGUGAAAAAGAUUCCUUGGACAUCCGACUUCGAAGUCAGCCACGACUGCCCUAGGACUGUUCAGGUCCUCGACAAGUCGCAUGGACGAGACACCGCCGCGGCGUGUAACCAGGCUUUCGCCAGCGUGAUCGCCAGAGCCAUUGAGUCCGGAGCGUUCGCAACCCUAGGAAGGCCAUUCCGAGAAGACUACAAGAUUCUCGGCGCGAAGUACCCUUCAGUGCAGUUGCUGCGAGCCGCGGCACCCCUUUUCGGAGUCUGCUGCCGUGGUGCCCAUAUGACUGCGUACGUUCGGACGGACGAGGGCAUGAAGAUCUGGGUUCCGCGGCGAAGUGCCCAUCUCUUCACUUACCCAAGAAUGCUGGAUACCACGGUCGCUGGAGGAGUAAGAGCCGAAGAGUCACCUUUCGAGUGUAUCGUCCAUGAGUCCGACGAGGAGGCCUCUUUGCCCACAGACUUUGUUCGAAAACACGCUCGUGCUUGCAGCGCGACCACGUAUGUGGAGCAGAGGAACUCCGGGUUUGGUGGCGAAUUCGGCCUGAUGGUCCCUGUUUGUUUAUAUCUCUACGACAUCGAGCUGCCCUUCGACAUCGUGCCUACUCCGCGAGACGAUGAGGUUGAGGAGUUCUAUCUAUGGGACGUGGAUCGUGUAAAGAAAGCGUUGGCAAACGAAGAGUUCAAGACCAACUGCGCUGCCGUCAUGAUCGACUUCUUCAUCCGGCAUGGGAUCAUUACCGAUGAGAACGAGAGCGACUAUCUCGAGAUCAUUAGUCGGCUGCACCGAGCUUUACCUGUUCCAACAUCUCCCACGGCCACCUAG